AUGUUCCAGCGCUCGCUACUCACUCUUGUCACCCUGUUCGGUCUCGCAUUGGCCGCCCCUACGGCAUUGCCGUCUGGUACUGUCACCUGCGGUAGCAACUCAUACAGUCCUACUGCUAUUCAGAAUGCUAUCACCAAUGGCGUUUCACACCUCAACAGUCCGAUCAACAAUUACCCGCACAGGUACAGGAACUACGAAGGCCUGACUAUGCGGUGUGCUGGGACGGUUUUCAAUGAGUAUCCCAUUCUUACCAGUGGUCUGUACAAUGGCGGUUCUCCUGGGGCUGACCGCGUUGUUUUUGACAAUGCCGGUAACUAUUGCGCUGUCAUGACUCAUACCGGAGCCCCCACUACAAACGGUUUUGUCACUUGCAGGGGAUAUUGA